UAUUGCAUGCAAAGUCUUGGCCGAGUUAGCAGUCACCAACACCAGUUAACCCCCCGAGUCCCUCAAUUGUUGCACUUUGAACCAAACAUCACCACCAUGGCCGACCAGAAACCACCUGUUGCCUUCAUCGGGCUCGGAGCCAUGGGCUUCGGCAUGGCCACCCACCUCAUCAAGCAAGGCUACCCAGUUACCGGAUUUGAUGUCUGGGCCCCAACUCUCAAACGGUUCGAGGAAGCAGGCGGCUCAACCGCCACAACACCAGCAGAAGCCGUCCUCAACAAGGAGCAUGUCGUCGUAAUGGUGGCCACCGCCCAGCAAGCCCAGACUGUUCUGCUGGAUGGCCCCAAUGCUGCCGUCCCGAAGCUUCCCCAAGGAGCCGUGGUCCUUCUCUGCUCCACCGUCCCCUGUGACUACGUCCAGGCUCUCCAAGUCCAGCUCAACAGCAUCGGCCGCAGUGACAUCUUGCUGAUCGACAGCCCAGUCUCCGGCGGAGCCGCCAGAGCAGCAGAUGGCACUCUUUCCAUCAUGGCAGGCAUGUCUGCUGCUGCGUUGGAGAAAGGACGCCCGUUGCUCGCUGAGCUGUCAGAUCCAGCAAAACUGUACAUUGUCGAGGGUGGCAUCGGUGCUGGCAGCAACAUGAAGAUGGUUCACCAAGUUCUCGCGGCAAACCAAAUCCUGGGAGCAAGUGAGGUGAUGGGUUUCGCUGAGAGACUAGGCCUAGAUCUGGCCAAGGCUCAAAAAGCAGUGCUGGAGUCUGAUGCUUGGAAUUUCAUGUUCGAGCACCGAACACCCAGAAUAUUCACCGAGUUCCAGCCUGUUGCCAGUGCGGUUCAGAUUAUCGUCAAGGAUACCAGCAUCAUCACCUCAGAAGGGCGAAGAAGUUCUUUUGCCACGCCGAUGACAAGCGCAGCGGAGCAGAUCUACUUCACUGCUGUUGGGAGAGGGUGGGCGAUGGACGACGAUAGCAGUCUCGUGAGACUCUAUACCGAAGGAAACGGAAAGGUUGGGCCAGUUUAUGGCACUGCUGAGUCAGAGGAGGAUAAGACGGCUUUGGUGUUGGCUUUGAUGAGAGGUAUCCUGCUUUGUGCUGCUGCAGAGUCUCUUGCUUUUGCGCACACUGUGAGUCUGGAUUUGGAUCAGGUCUUGGAUCUUUGUGUCAACGCUGCUGGUGGUAGCAAAGUGCUGGAGAAGCUUGGGCCUGCCAUUAUCAAGGAGCUCGGGGGUGCCGGCGAUGCUUCAAGUGGCGAGUCGAGCCUUGAGGAUGUCUUUAGCGGACUGAGUGCGGCGGUCGAGGAGGCACAGAGGAUAAAGACUCCGUUGUAUCUUGGGACCCAGGCGUUGAGUAUUCUCCAACGUGUGACACAAUCCAAAGGGACAGGCUCUGCUGGUGUUGUCGUCAAGGAAGGCUACUCACCCCACCAACAAAACAAACCCGCCUGCCCCACUUUAUACUGCUCAAUUCCAAUCCCUGCUCCUAGUCGCGUCUUCUCAUCGCAACACGCGUCUCAUGAUCAAAUAUCACCCAGAGCAUCAUCAACCCCAGUCGAACAACCUCACCAACUACCCAAAAUGGAGGAGGCAAUGAAACAGCACUUUUUCCACCACGGAAAACCAGACACCGACCCCUCAGAAGCCGAAAAAUGCCACUGGUGCCAGAUUCGUAGUUUCAAAACCCACAAGAAACUUCCCAUCACCAUCGUCAACGAAGCCAAAGGAGACGAACGCAAGGAAGUCCUAAAUCCAGACUUCAAAUUCAUCGACCACUCAAUCCCAAGCGACGACGUCCCCAUCGCCGGGGCCUCCUUCCGCACCGGCUGCAAUUGCGCAGACGACGAGCAGUGCAUGUACUCAACAUGCGAAUGCCUCGACGAAAUGGCCCCCGACUCCGACGAGGACAUGUCCGACGCCCCCCCAGCUCGUGGCCGCAGGAUACAAAAGUUCCAGUACUACCACUCCGGCACCAAAGCCGGCUUGCUCAAGUCUAGAAUCCUCGACAGCCGUGAGCCAAUCUACGAGUGUCACGAUGGCUGCAGUUGCAGUAAAAACUGUCCGAACCGGGUGGUGGAACGAGGCAGGACGGUGCCGUUGCAGAUCUUCCGGACAAAGAAUAGAGGAUGGGGGGUCAAGUGUCCGGUGGAUAUCAAGAAGGGGCAGUUUGUGGAUAAGUACUUGGGGGAGAUCAUCACCAGCGAGGAGGCCAACCGCCGGCGAGCUGAGUCGACCGUCUCGGAUAAGAAGGACGUUUAUUUGUUUGCUUUGGACAAAUUUUCUGACCCGGAUUCACCUGACCCGUUGUUGAGGGCGCCGCCGUUCGAGGUGGAUGGGGAGUGGAUGAGUGGGCCGACGAGGUUUAUCAACCACAGUUGCGACCCAAAUAUGCGGAUUUUUGCUAGGGUGGGGGAUGCGGUGGAUAAGCAUGUUCACGAUUUGGCGCUGUUUGCCAUCAGAGAUAUACCGGCGGGAGAGGAGUUGACGUUUGACUAUGUGGAUGGCGGGUUGGCGGAGGAGGACGCCGGGGGAUUGGUACCGGAUGACAAGAAGAAGGAUAUGACGAAGUGUUUGUGUGGGACGAAGAAGUGUAGGGGGUUCUUAUGGUGA